ACCUUUAAAGAUAUGGAUGACGCAAGUUGUUGAAUUCUUCGUCUAAAAUUUCGGCUAUCAAAUGGAUGAGCUAGUUGUGUUAGAAAAUGAUGAAUGUGAAGAGUCGCAAACAGUUCAAGCUGUGCACUCACCACGCUGGACUCUGAAGAAAAAUCCUUGCUUUGAUGCUUCCCGACUUAUUGAAAGGUCGCAGUCUGAUGCUCUUCUUCUCAAUUCAGACAGCUCAAAACAGCUACCUGGCCGAACUAGCUCAGUAGAUCAAAUAGGCAGUACAUUUAAGUUAAUAAAUAUCAAGCCUAAAGUCUCAGAAACAACCAAGGUUUAUUUUGAUUUAUCAAAUAUUGACGUGUCCUCUGGAGAAGCUAGUGAUGAUGAUGUUGUGACUCCCACAUCGAAGAAUAAACGUAAAAAGAAACUUAUAAAUACUUCAGCCAAACUUAUGAUGACAACCAGAGGACUGGAGACAAUACCUCAGGCCGUCGAGUCUGAUGAUGUUGACUCAACCCCACAUGUCGAUCCAUCGGUUGAUAAAGAUGAAACAUUCGAAUCUGCCCCUGGUGAACUACCAUUAGGCUCCUACCAACCUAUUCUGACGGCUGUAGGAGACUUUGAUGAUUGCCAGGGUACCAGUUCACCCUGUUUGAUAACUGAGGACUUAGACAGUAGCGAUGGAUGCAGCUGUUUCUACACAAAGUACCCGCUGAGAUUUCCCCAUGGUUAUUCCCUGAGCAAGUACCGUCACAAUUUGAAGCUGAGCUACCAGACGCUGUCCCAGAAGCUGGAGCACCACAUUGUCCAAAUGAGAGGUGCGGACCUGGUUCUGAAGAUCAAAAUUCUGCAGGACAUUUUAAAGCUGACCAAAGAGGCCUGGGACACCCCAGUCUAUGGCAGGGACCUGGCGUACAGCCUGUGUGACAUCAUAAGGAUGGAGGGCCUUCUGGACCAGCUCAUUGCCAACUGCUCUAGUCAGAACAGGGAACUCCUGCUAGCAUCUGCUAAUCUCUUAGAACAAGUGAUGUCCACGCGCAACAGAGAGCGUGUAGCGAAAGAUGGCCUUGAGGCUGUGGUGAAGAUGACCAGAGAAUAUGCUGGUGACCUUGAGAUGGCCAAAGCCGCCACAGGUAUCCUGGAGAACAUGUUCAAGCUAUCAGAGGAGACUUGUACCAAAGUCAUCAACCUUGGUGGCCUGGAUGUGAUCCUGCGCUGGUGCAGGUGCGGCACUGAUUACUCUAUACUGAGGCGGUGCGCAAAAGCUUUAGCCAACCUGUCACUGUUUGGUGGGGCUGAGAACCAGGAGAUCAUGUCCAAACAUAAGGUACCAGAGUGGCUGUUCCCACUGGCCUUUAGUGAUGACAACAGUAUACGCUACUAUGCCUGUUUGGCCAUCUCUGCUCUGGUGGCCAACAAAGAAUUGGAAGCUUCCGUCAUAAAAUCUGGUACACUUGAUUUGGUUCUGCCAUUUAUCAACUCCAACAAACCCUCCCAGUUUGCACAGAGUGACGUGACCCACAAGCAGGGUCGGGAUAAGAUCUGGCUCAAGCGGCUGAUCCCCUUGUUGUUUUCUCGCAGGCAGGAGGCGCAGGCUCUGGCAGCGUUCCAUUUUGCCAUGGAGGCCAUCAUCAAAGCAGAGCAGGGUAGGCAUGAGCAGAAAGAAAGGCAACCCACUGAAGAGUUCCUACACUUUGAGUGUGAAGUAUCUAUCUUCCAUGAGAUAGACGCAGUUGAACCACUGAAGAAAAUAGCAGGCAGUCCCAACACAGUAGCCUCUAAGUUGGCAGCUGAAGCCUUGAAGAUCAUCGGAGAGAAAAUCCCCCACAAGUUGUCCCAGCAAGUCCCACUGUGGACAGUGGAUGAUGUUGUCUACUGGGUUACUCAGAUUGGUUUUGAAGACUACGCUGGCAAAUUUCGUGAAUCUCGAGUAGACGGGGACAUUCUGCUUAUAUUGACUGAUGAUGAUCUACAUCAAGGUCUUGGAAUGGAGUCUUCCAUUGUUAGAAAAAGAUUUGCCAGGGAACUCAAAUCUCUGAAGAUCACAGCCGACUACUCCAUCAGCGAUGGCACUGGUCUGGACAACUGGCUCAUGUCCAUCAACCCUGAACUGUCGCAGUACACCUACUGGAUGCUGCGUCAAGGGGUGGACAAGUUUGAGAUCAAGUCCCUUAAGGAGGAGGAGUUGAAGGAAGAGUGUGGCAUUCAUAACAGUAUACACAGGCGGCAGAUCAUGGUUCAUAGAGAAGACCUGACCACCCCUGAGACGCCCAGCCUGCCCCACCACCACCACCACCACCACCUGCCGGCCCUGGACCCCAGCCUCAGUGUCAACCUGACUACCCUCAGGUGUAUCGAUGUCUUUAUUUGUUACAGAAGGUCCAGUGGUUCUCAACUUGCCAGCCUACUCAAAGUUCACCUGCAGCUGAGAGGGUUCUCUGUGUUCCUGGACAUUGACAGGCUGCGUGCAGGGAAGUUUGAUGAGAACCUGCUGUACAGCAUCCAGAUGUCCAGCCACUUUGUUCUCAUACUCACACCUGACUCUCUGGACAGGUGUAUAGGUGACGAGGCCCAAGAGGACUGGGUCCAUAAAGAGAUAGCUGCCGCCCUAGAGACCAACUGUAACAUCGUCCCCAUCAUAGACAACUUUGAGUGGCCUCCAGUGGAGAAGUUGCCAGCCGAUAUGAGGGGGGUCGUCAGAUUCAACAGUGUCAGGUGGGUCCAUGAAUACCAAGACGCCUGUGUCGACAAGCUGGAGACUUUUCUACGCCGCGGUCGCCGUGUCUCCCAGCAGAUCCACACUGCCCUGUCCCCUAUGCACAUGGCCAACUCUGACCCCCAGUUUCCCCCGGACAGUCCUUGCAAGUCGUCCAGCUGUCACAACCUGUUAGAGCUCACCUCGUCCUGACUUCCUGGUUCUUAUGUUGUGAGGCUUAGCUUGUUUUCUCAUGUUGGCUCUUGUGGUCAGCUUGUCAUGUGGUCAAUUUAUCAUGUGGAUUCUUGUUGUCAACUUGUCAUGUGGUCAAUUUAUCAUGUGGAUUCUUGUUGUCAACUUGUCAUGUGGUCAAUUUAUCAUUUUGAUUCUUCUGGUCUACUUGUCAUGUGGUCAAUUUAUCAUGUAGAUUCUUGUGGUCAACUUGUCUUGUUGA